AUGUCUGCACCCCUUACUGCGGAAGAAGAGAUCCUGUUGGCUGAUUUCUCUAGAACCGUCCCCAGGAGUACUUCCAUCCUCUUCCAUCUCAAUGCUCUGUUUGUCUCAGCAUUGCCAAUGUGGUUGUUCUGGAGAAUCCAGCAGCUGGAGCUGAACACCUACGGUAUCAUGUUUGGUAUUGUCACCAUCAUCUCCACAUUCCUCUUGUCUCUUGCGUACAAGAAUGUGAAAUAUUCUCUUAAACAUAAGAUUGCACAGAGAAGACACGCUGGAGUUACCGCUGAGGUUAUGCAGCAGGUUGCUGAUGCUUCCAGCGAGAAGAAGAAGACAGUAAAGAAGGAGAAGGACGACAGAGUCCUCUUCAAGAAGACCGAAGUUGCUGAUCUGGAAGCUACUCACUUCAGCAUUUUCUACAACAACGCUCUCUUCCUCUUCCUCACUAUCAUCCUUAGUUUCUACGUCCUGAAAAACUUCAGUCCCGGUGCCAACUACCUCGGAUCCUCUGUUACCUCUGCUUGUGUCGUCGCUUUCCUGUCCACUAGCUCCGGUUAA